AUGGGGGAUGAAGAGAAUUUUGAUCGAUAUCACGGUAUAACACACGAUUGGAUCGGCGAAAAAUUAAAAUUGGGGAAUACCCCAAUAACCCUCGAGGAGUCGGAUCUAAUCUUAGACAAUAUCAGAUAUCCAGGAACGCCAGGUCUGUACGAGUUGUUGUUCAAGAAAGACCCUCGUGGAUAUAAACAGACCGAUCUGGAGCACUACAUGGAUAUGCUAAAACGGACCAAUGCAUAUCGACGUAAUUUUGAUUCUAAUUUACAAAUUCAAGGAGUAAACACUUUCAAGUAUAAAACAAUAAUUCGACCAUAUUUAGUAAAACACAAUCUAAUAAAAGUAUCCGCUGAGGGUGCAAGCAAAACGGGGUCUUUUCAGAAACCGGCACCUCCUAAAGCUCGACCCAGAUCACAAUCAUUCAAACAUGUAAGGGGUGGUAUAUUAGAGUAUUCCCCUAAACCAAUUGAGUAUGUGUAUUUUGAUGAUCCCAAUGAGUUGGUCAAUCGAUUGCGCUUGCUCAUCGCAUCUGCGUAUGCUGGUAAUAACGGGCAUAAUAAUGAAAUCAUGUCUAUAAUUGAGGAGUUGCGCGAAUUAAAAAUUAUAAAAUGA